UUUUAUUAUACAAUUUUUACUUUAUUUCAAACAAAAUAGGAUUGAAGAACAUAAACGCAAUACCAUCAAAUAUGCCAUUGGCCGAAAUGGGUAUGGAUUCGAUGAUGGCAGUAGAAAUUAAGCAAAUGUUGGAAAGAGAGUUUGAUAUUUCCCUGACAGUGCCAGACAUUAGAACUUUAAAUUUUGUUAAACUUAGACAAAUGACAAUUACAGCCGAACAAGGAAAAAUACAAGAUACAAAUGAAAUUGAUCCAAGUAAUUUGGGAGGCUUCGACGUGCUGAUUCGAAAAGUGAAGGAUUCAGACUUUGUUCCAGAUAUUCUUGUAGAACUUGUUACCAAGGAGGUUGUUCGAGGCAAUAUAUUUCUCUUACCGGGAAUCGAAGGAUGUUUAAGUGUAUAUAAAUCUAUAGCAUCAGGAAUUAAAUCUUCGGCAACGUGUGUGCAACAUGGUGUACUUAAUAUUCCUGACGAUAGUCAUUCAGUGAUGAAGUCAGCCGCUUAUUUGCUGCCUCACAUAUUAAAGAAAAUGAAAGAUGAAAGGAAAUUUCUAAUAGUGGGUUAUUCAUUUGGAUCUUUAAUUGCCAUUGAAUUAGCAAGAUUAUUAGAAGCUAAUAAUUUCUCAGGACGGUUAAUACUAAUAGAUGGAGCUCCUGAUCAAAUAAAACUUUGGACUAAUCAAUAUUUAGACUGUACUUCGCCAGAAGAGUUACAAAACACGAUAUUACUUGGUUUAUUGGAAAUGUAUACUACAAUUAACAAGAAAACACUUGCGUUAGAGCUGAAUAAAUGUAACACAUGGGACGAAAAAGUGAAAGUAUUUCAUGCUUACUUCCCGAAGGAUUUAAAUGUAUUGACCAUCGAAAAUCAAAAGCUUAUAUAUUUCACAGUUUUCAAUCAUUUUGUCGCUGUACAGGAUUACGAUAUUUCAUCAUUACCUCGCCUUAAAUCAUCUAUAACAUUGCUAAAACCCACAUUUCCGAUUGCCCCUUUUACUGAAGAGGAUUAUGGUUUACAUAAGGUUACCGAAGGUAAAGUGCAAAUUCAUUAUGUGGAAGGUAAUCAUAUCACAAUGAUGGACAACGACAAAAUCAUAUCAGCUAUUAACGAAGAAUGGGUAGAAGAUAAUAUAAUACAAUAUAAGGAGGAGAAGGAGGAAGAGUAAUAUAAUAUGUAUAUUUU